CGAAGCCGUGAGGGAGGGUAUAUAAGGGUGGGAGGCCGGGGUGGCCUAGGCAUAGCGCCGGCAGUAGCGAGCGGAGCGGGUCUGUGAGUGGUGCGGUAACGGGUCCCGGCGGACAGCAUGAGGCGGGCGCUGCUGGUGGUGCUGGUGCUGCUGGGCAGCGGGCGCGGCGAGGAGGAGGAGAAGAAGGAGGACGUGGGCACCGUGGUGGGCAUCGACCUGGGAACCACGUACUCAUGCGUUGGCGUCUUUAAGAACGGCCGCGUGGAAAUCAUUGCGAAUGACCAGGGCAACCGGAUCACGCCGUCCUACGUCGCCUUCACCCCCGAAGGGGAGCGUCUCAUCGGCGAUGCUGCGAAGAAUCAGCUAACCUCCAAUCCUGAGAACACGGUGUUCGAUGCCAAGCGCCUGAUCGGCCGCACGUGGAACGACCCCUCAGUGCAACAGGAUAUCAAAUAUCUGCCUUUCAAGGUUCUUGAAAAGAAGACCAAGCCAUACAUACAAGUUGAUGUUGGUGGUGGACAGACAAAGACAUUUGCUCCAGAAGAAAUUUCUGCUAUGGUUUUGACAAAGAUGAAGGAAACUGCUGAGGCCUACUUAGGAAAGAAGGUUACCCAUGCUGUUGUCACUGUCCCAGCUUAUUUCAAUGAUGCUCAGCGUCAAGCUACAAAGGAUGCUGGUACCAUUGCUGGAUUGAAUGUAAUGAGAAUAAUCAAUGAACCUACUGCUGCCGCCAUUGCUUAUGGACUGGAUAAGCGGGAGGGUGAGAAGAACAUCCUUGUAUUUGAUCUAGGCGGUGGAACCUUUGAUGUCUCUCUCCUCACAAUUGAUAAUGGUGUCUUUGAAGUUGUGGCUACAAAUGGAGAUACUCACUUGGGUGGAGAGGACUUUGACCAACGUGUUAUGGAACACUUCAUCAAGUUAUACAAGAAGAAAACUGGAAAAGAUGUUAGGAAGGACAACAGAUCUGUACAGAAGCUACGUCGGGAAGUAGAGAAAGCAAAGCGAGCUUUGUCCUCUCAGCAUCAGGCUAGAAUUGAAAUAGAGUCCUUCUUUGAAGGAGAGGACUUCUCUGAGACACUGACUCGCGCAAAGUUUGAAGAACUGAAUAUGGAUCUGUUCCGUUCCACCAUGAAGCCUGUGCAGAAAGUUCUAGAAGAUUCUGACCUGAAGAAAUCCGACAUUGACGAGAUUGUACUUGUGGGUGGCUCUACUCGAAUCCCCAAGAUACAACAGCUUGUUAAAGAGUUCUUCAAUGGCAAAGAGCCUUCUCGUGGCAUCAAUCCAGAUGAGGCUGUUGCUUAUGGUGCCGCUGUUCAGGCUGGUGUCCUUUCGGGUGACCAAGAUACUGGUGACCUGGUGUUACUUGAUGUGUGUCCUCUGACACUUGGCAUUGAAACUGUUGGGGGUGUUAUGACCAAGCUCAUCCCAAGAAAUACUGUUGUCCCCACCAAGAAAUCACAGAUUUUCUCCACAGCUUCUGAUAACCAGCCAACUGUAACAAUCAAGGUCUAUGAAGGUGAACGUCCUCUCACCAAGGAUAACCAUCUCCUGGGUACUUUUGACUUGACUGGAAUCCCUCCUGCUCCUCGUGGUGUCCCACAGAUCGAAGUUACCUUUGAGAUAGAUGUGAAUGGAAUCCUCCGUGUUACAGCGGAAGACAAGGGCACCGGAAAUAAAAACAAGAUUACAAUUACCAAUGACCAGAACCGUCUGACACCAGAAGAGAUUGAGAGAAUGGUUAAUGAUGCUGAGAAGUUUGCAGAGGAAGACAAAAAGCUUAAAGAACGUAUUGAUACCAGAAAUGAGUUGGAAAGCUAUGCUUAUUCACUGAAGAAUCAGAUUGGGGACAAAGAGAAACUAGGUGGCAAACUCUCAUCUGAAGACAAGGAAACAAUAGAGAAGGCAGUAGAGGAAAAGAUUGAAUGGCUUGAAAGCCACCAAGAUGCUGAAAUUGAAGAUUUCAAAGCUAAAAAGAAGGAGCUGGAGGAGGUUGUCCAGCCAAUUGUUAGCAAGCUUUAUGGAAGUGCAGGACCUCCCCCUGAAGAGGAAGCAGGAGAAAAGGAUGAAUUGUAAAUCUUGAUCUCUGAAUGUUACCUUGUAAAUACUGGACUCAGGAACUCUUCUGUUAAGAUAAUAUUGAACUCUAAUCUGGAAUGUAAUUGGAAUCUUCACUUCUGAGUGGAGAUGGAAAUGUUAGCCCAAAGUGGCUGUUUACUGCUUUUCAUUAGCAGUUGCUUGAUGUCUGUGGGGAGGAGGGAGGGAAGGGUAGUGGGGUGGGACUGUAAAAUGAGUUGGGGGUUUAGAAAUUUUCCAGUUGAAAACAUUCUAACUGGUCAUGUGCAUUCUGUGUAGAACUUUUUUCUACCCAAGUGACCACAAUAAAUUUGUUAUUUACACUGGA